AUGUCGGGUGGAGCAAUCGAGUAUAUCAGUGAGGAGUAUGAAGUCAGUAGGGACAGUAGUGUUCUAAAGACGAGUAUCAAAAAUAAUAUUAAAUGCAUCUUCAAAGGAACAAUGAACAACUCCUAUAAAAUCAGUUUCUCGUGGGAAUUCGAUUGGAAUGAACUCGGAAAUCAAGGAGUCUUUGAAAUCACUGGACACAUUUCUAUAAAAUCAUCGAAAAAUGCAUUCGCUCCGGUGAAAAUCGAUGUGAAACUGACAGAAGAUAACCGAACAAUCACUAAACAUUUAGGAGGCUGUUAUACUCAUUACUUUGUCACCUACGAAUAUUCACUCACUCCACAUCUUGUUCCACCAGAAGAACCACCAUAUGAUGUUAUUUUUGCGCCCUCCGAUAAAAAUGAUGUUAUUCUGGUUGUUGAUGGAAAGAAGCUUCAUGUUAAUAAAGCACGCUAA